AAACAUAGGCGCGAUUAUAGGUACACAUCAGGAAAAGGGUGGAAUGAUUUUUUGGACGUAUAUGUUGCGGCAGCCAUUGCAAGAGAAUCAAAUUGUCGCAUGGAAAUUUUGUCACGUAUUGCACAAGAUACUGCGAGAGGGUCAUGAAAAAGUGAUUCCGGACUCCCAGCGGUAUCGUAAAAGGUUGGAGGACCUCGGGAAAUUAUGGCAACAUUUGCGGGAAGGAUACGGCCCGUUGAUUCAAUUGUAUAUAAGAUUAUUGAUCACUAAGUUAGAUUUUCACAAGCGGAACCCACGCGUACCCGGCAAUCUUCAAGUAACACCGGAGGAACUUGAAUCAAUCGGGGAGAACGAUAUCAAUGUUUAUUACCACUUCUUUGAAGAAUACACCCUCUAACUCGAUGACGGCCAGUGGACAGUGUCGGCUGGCUCCACUAAUCCCAUGCGUUUUAGACGCGUCGCAGCUUUAUGAUUAUUGUGUAAAAAUAUUAUUUAAACUUCACGGUGCUCUGCCUGCGGACACUUUAACCGGCCACCGGGACAGAUUCUCUAAACAAUUUCAAGAACUGAAGAAGUUCUACAAUACUGUUAAACAGAGGCAGUAUUUUAAGCAUCUUAUAACGAUACCUGCAUUACCUGAGAAUCCACCAAACUUUUUAAUACAAUCCGAGUUUCGAGCUUACGUUACACCUAUAGUAGUAUUACCACCGGAAGAAUCCUUGGAUUCUGAAACUGUAGUUGAUCUUAUCGAUACUUCUGAUACAAAUUCGUUACCGGGCGAUCAAUUGGAUUCCACGCGAAACGGUUCCAUUUCACCUGAUACGAUAGCGGAGAGAGAAAGUCUCAUCGAUCAUUUGCAGCAACAGACCAAUCGACAAAGGCAAGAGUUACAUCGUGUGUUGACUGAUCAUCAGAGGAUCGUCGAGGAUCUUCAAACUCGUCUCACUCAGUUGGAGUCGGAUUUACUUCUUAAGAAAGCUGAAGUGGAUAAACAGUUAGGAAUGUUGAAAAUGUCGCAAGAACAGUCCGAACGGCGAACGCUUGAAGCAGAACGUCGUCUUGAAGAAUUAAUACAAGGUCAAGCUAUAACAGAACAAGAAGCACGAAAGGCCGUUGAAGCUCAACACGAUUUGGAUGACGUAAAACAACAAUUGAAUGAUGCGAAAACUCAAAACUUGGCUUUGAUUGCCAAAAAUGAUUUUAUAACUUCUGAAAAAACGGCUUUAGAAGGAGAUCUACACGAUCUGUUAGCACAAAAAGAAGAACUAGAUUUAAAAAUCGAAAAGUUAGAAGUUGAAGCCGAACGAUGCCUAAAUUGUAUCUCUGAAGCGGAAGAUAUUAUGCAAUAUUCAUUGAAUGCCAUUGAUAAUCCCGCAAUGUCGGAUUUAACUUGCACUCCUCAAUAUCUUGAGAAACUGGCAGACCAUAUUCUAAAAUUGUUGGAUAAUCUUGAUGCAGCGUACACCGGUUAUGUGUGUGAUACAACGAAUGGAAAAGUACUCAUUAAAAGUGCAAUACACGUCGCAUAUAUUUUGGGGCUUUAUAUUAUCCAUGCCAAAUCUACGUCCAAUACUACGUCCAAUAUCGCGUUGGGUGAUAAAUUGAUUGAUGAGUGUAAACAGUUGGGAUUACAAUCAUUAACUAUGUUUAACCACAUAAGAGAAAAAUCACCCGUGACUGUGGGUCAAAUCAACGAAGUAAAACAGCAAUUUAAGAAAGUGUGUGAACUUGCAACCACGUUAUCUAAUGGGCAAGGCACCGUUGAAGUUAUCGGAGAUUUGGUUGAAACGGAAUUAUUAAGUAUGGAUAAAGCAAUAGAAGAAGCUGCAAAUAGAAUACGAGAUAUGUUGGAGAAAUCUCGUGCAGCAGACUCAGGAUUAAAAUUAGAAGUGAAUGAAAAAAUUUUAGAUUCAUGUACAGAAUUAAUGAAAUGUAUAAGAAAAUUAGUUAAAAAGUCACGAUUAUUGCAAGCAGAAAUUGUAGAACAAGGAAAGGGUACUGCCUCUGCAACAGAAUUUUAUAAACGUAAUCAUCAAUGGUCCGAAGGACUUAUAUCAGCAGCUAAAGCAGUAGCAAUGGGUGCAAAUCUUCUGCUAGAAGCUGCAGAUAAAGUUGUUUCUGGAAAUGGUAAAUUUGAACAAUUAGUAGUUGCAUCGCAGGGAAUUGCUGCGUCUACAGCGCAAUUGGUAGUUGCAAGUAGAGUAAAAGCCAAUAGAAAUAGCAGUAAUUUGUCGGCACUUUCCGAGGCAUCAAGGGACGUAACACAAGCAACAGGAAGUGUUGUUGCAACUGCUAAAAACUGCAGUCAACUUGUUGAAGAAAAUGAUGAUUUAGAUGUUUCUGGACUAACUUUACAUCAAGCCAAACGAUUAGAAAUGGAAGCACAAGUACGUGUGCUGGAAUUAGAGCAGGCUCUGGAGACUGAAAGAUUACGCUUAGCUGCUUUACGUCGUUAUCAUUAUCAACUCGAAGGCGAAAAAGAA